AUGUGGUCACAACUCGAGCCCACGGGGCCGCACCUGUCGUACCUGAUCCUCACCUCUUUUCUGCUCACGUACGCGCUCUUCUCGCUCUUGAUCAGGAACAGACUACAUCUGUCUGAACCGCCUCUAGCCACACUAUUUGGAAUCAUUGUAGGACCCCGAGGCCUGGCAUGGCUGAAGCCGUACGCCUGGGGCUUUCAAGACCCGGUCAUCCAAGAAUUUACGCGGAUUGUCGUUGGCGUUCAAUGUUUUGCCGUCGGCCUUGAACUCCCAAAUGGCUACCUCAGAAAGAAGUGGAGAGCACUGCUGGUCCUCCUUGGCCCCGUCAUGACCUUUGGCUGGCUGGUUGGGGCGCUCUUCAUCAUGCUCAUCUUCAACACAGACUUUGCAUCCGCAUUAACCAUCUCCGCCUGCCUUACUCCAACGGAUCCCGUCCUGGCAGCCUCGGUCUUAUCCAACAGUCAAUUCAGUACCCGAGUCCCAAAGCGUAUCAGAGACUUGCUGAGCGCCGAGAGCGGCGUGAACGAUGGCGUAUCGUUUCCUUUCUUGUUUUUGGGUCUCAACAUCCUGACCAAGGCCUCGCGUGGCGACAUCUUGAAGGAGUGGUUCCUGAUCACGGUCCUCUAUCAAUGCACAGUCGGCGUUAUCGUCGGUAUCGUCCUUGGCCAUGCAUUCAAUUCGCUCUUCCACAUUUCGCACAAGCGUGAGAUGAUGGGCCAAGCUUCCUACCUGGCGUUUUACCUCCUCCUAGCGGUUUUCUCCAUUGGCCUCGCCUCCACCCUCGGCGUCGAUGACUUCCUCGUUGCGUUCUGUGCCGGCCGCGGUUUUGCACACGGCGGCAAUGCUCCGACAGCAGACACGCGACUUCCCGUCGUCAUCGACCUCAUGCUCAACUCAGCUCUCUUCGUCUUCUUCGGCGCCAUGAUUCCUUGGGAAUCCUUCAACAAGCUCGAUUCCAUCACGCCCGGUAAGCUGAUCGCAAUGCUGGCGCUCAUCCUCCUCUUCCGUCGUAUCCCAGUGGUGUUUGCCUUCUACAAGGCGAAGAUGCUGCCCAACGUCCGUACCACGACGGAAGCCUUGUUCAUCGGCCACUUCGGACCCAUGGGAGUUGGCGCCCUCUUUUUGGCUAUCGAGGCCAGGGCGCAGCUUGAAACAGACACCUCGCUGCCACUGCCGCACCCUCCAAACGACUUGGAUCCCAAGCGACAGAGGACUAUCACGCUGAUCUGGCCAAUCGUGUGCUUCAUCGUCCUGGGCAGCACGCUGGUCCACGGUCUGAGCACAUUGGCGAUCAGUCUUGGCGGCCACUUCUCAAGGAAAGAAGGUGAGAGGGCGCCGCUUAUCGGAGAUGAAAGGGAGGGUCUCCAUGGCAUGGUGUUUGAUGAGGAGAACGAAGAGCACUAUGAAGGUGUCAAUGAGGAAGAUGAAGACGCAGAGUUCAGGGGUUACCAGAGUACCUGA